UCCCUGGGAAUCAGUGCAGUACGGCAGCUGGCGACAGCGCUGCUGGUGUAGCGGGAGGCAGUGCGGAUUCCACGGGUCACUCCCUGCGUUCACAGCCGCUCUUACACUCCUUUUUUUGGUUUGGGUGUUCGCCGAAAGCUUCCUAGGCUGCCCGAGUAGCUCCCCACAUCUCGAUAAAUCCUAACGUGUUUUGGAUUUCAUGAAAGGAAGCGGAUGACGAGGAACAGCUUGUAAGGGUCAGUAUGACAUCGGUUGCCGCUGAGUACGAACACAUGGAGAUCCAACAGCCUUACAGUGAAGUGAAUAACCGCUGGGAUGCAGAUGAUUGGGAUAAUGAAAACAGCUCUGCCAGGCUGUUUGAGCGCUCCCGCAUAAAGGCCUUAGCUGAUGAACGAGAAGCUGUACAAAAGAAGACAUUCACAAAAUGGGUCAACUCUCAUCUGGCGCGUGUCUCCUGUCGCAUCUCAGACCUGUAUAUGGACCUACGUGAUGGUCGAAUGCUUAUCAAGCUACUCGAAGUGCUCUCUGGAGAGAGGCUUCCAAAGCCAACAAAGGGAAGAAUGCGUAUCCACUGCCUGGAGAAUGUCGACAAGGCCCUCCAAUUCCUGAAAGAACAGAGGGUGCAUUUAGAAAAUAUGGGAUCACAUGAUAUUGUUGAUGGAAACCACAGAUUGACACUGGGGCUUAUUUGGACCAUCAUUCUCCGAUUCCAGAUUCAAGACAUCAGUGUUGAGACUGAAGACAAUAAGGAAAAGAAGUCUGCUAAGGAUGCCUUGCUUUUGUGGUGCCAGAUGAAGACUGCUGGAUAUCCCAAUGUCAACAUUCACAAUUUUACAACUAGCUGGAGAGAUGGAAUGGCAUUCAAUGCACUUAUCCACAAACACAGGCCUGACCUAAUUGACUUUGAUAAGCUGAAGAAAUCCAACGCACACUACAAUCUACAGAAUGCCUUCAACCUUGCUGAACAGCAUCUUGGGCUUACAAAACUACUUGAUCCAGAAGAUAUCAGUGUGGACCAUCCUGAUGAGAAAUCCAUUAUUACAUAUGUUGUAACUUACUACCACUACUUUUCAAAGAUGAAGGCUUUAGCUGUUGAAGGGAAGCGCAUUGGAAAGGUUCUUGACAAUGCAAUUGAGACAGAAAAGAUGAUAGAAAAAUAUGAGUCCUUGGCCUCUGAUCUCCUGGAGUGGAUUGAGCAGACAAUUAUCAUUCUGAAUAAUCGUAAGUUUGCCAACUCCCUGGUUGGUGUGCAACAACAGCUACAGGCCUUCAACACAUACCGUACUGUGGAAAAACCACCAAAGUUUACAGAGAAGGGUAAUUUAGAAGUGUUGCUUUUUACCAUUCAGAGCAAGAUGAGAGCCAACAACCAGAAAGUAUAUAUGCCCAGAGAAGGAAAACUCAUCUCAGAUAUUAACAAAGCUUGGGAAAGACUGGAAAAAGCUGAACACGAACGUGAAUUGGCACUGAGGACAGAGUUGAUAAGGCAAGAGAAACUGGAACAGUUAGCUCGUCGAUUUGACCGUAAAGCAGCUAUGAGGGAGACCUGGCUCAGUGAGAAUCAACGUCUGGUUUCACAGGACAACUUUGGCUAUGAUUUGCAAGCAGUGGAAGCUGCUACCAAGAAGCAUGAAGCCAUUGAGACUGAUAUUGCUGCUUAUGAAGAAAGAGUGCAAGCAGUAGUAGCUGUAGCCAGGGAACUGGAAACUGAGAACUAUCAUGAUAUCAAGCGCAUUACAGCCAGGAAAGACAAUGUUAUUCGGCUGUGGGAGUAUCUGCUGGAGCUGCUUAGAGCACGUCGCCAGAGAUUAGAGAUGAAUCUAGGACUGCAAAAGGUAUUCCAGGAAAUGCUGUACAUAAUGGAUUGGAUGGAUGAAAUGAAGAUGCUCCUCCUUUCUCAAGACUAUGGAAAGCACUUGCUUGGUGUGGAAGAUCUACUGCAAAAACACACACUAGUGGAGGCAGAUAUUGGCAUUCAGGCUGACAGGGUGAAGGCUGUCAACGCAUCUGCUCAAAAGUUUGCACAUGAUGGAGAAGGUUACAAGCCAUGUGAUCCUCAGGUUAUUCGUGACCGGGUUGCCCACAUGGAGUUUUGUUACCAAGAGCUAUGCCAGCUGGCAGCAGAACGUCGUGCUCGUCUGGAAGAGUCGCGCCGUCUUUGGAAGUUCUUUUGGGAGAUGGCAGAGGAGGAGGGAUGGAUAAGGGAAAAAGAACAGAUCCUGUCAUCCGAAGACUAUGGCAAAGACUUGACAAGUGUUGUACGCUUACUAAGCAAACACAAAGCUUUUGAAGAUGAAAUGAGUGGACGCUGUGGUCACAUGCAACAAACGAUAAAAGAAGGAGAGGAGAUGGUUGCUGAGGAUCACUUUGGAUCUGAUAAGAUCAAGGAUAGAAUUAAAGACAUUCAAGAGCAGUGGGCCAACCUUGAGCAGCUCUCUGCCUUUAGGAAGAAACGCCUGGAGGAAGCAUACAACCUGCAUCAGUUUCAGGCAGAUGCGGAUGACAUUGACACAUGGAUGCUUGACAUUCUUCGGAUCGUUUCCAGCAGUGACGUUGGACAUGAUGAGUACUCCACUCAGUCACUUGUUAGAAAACAUAAAGAUGUGGCUGAAGAAAUUGGCAACUAUAGACCCGUUAUUGAUUCACUUCAUGAUCAAGCCAAAAGUCUCCCUGAGGAACAGUCCCAGUCUUCAGAUGUUCAAGGCAGGUUAUCUGGGAUAGAAGAACGAUACAAAGAAGUUGUUGAGCUCACUAGGCUGCGGAAGCAGGCUCUGCAAGAUGCUUUGGCAUUGUAUAAGAUGUUCAGUGAGGCUGAUGCUUGUGAAUUAUGGAUUGAUGAAAAAGAACAGUGGCUGAAUAACAUGCAUAUACCUGAAAAGUUGGAAGAUCUAGAAGUCAUCCAGCACAGGUUUGAAAGCCUGGAACCGGAAAUGAAUAACCAGGCCUCCAGAGUGGCAGUGGUUAACCAGAUAGCACGGCAAUUGAUUCACAGUGGACAUCCUAAUGAGAAGGAAAUCAAAGCCCAACAAGAUAAGCUCAACACCAGGUGGAGCCAAUUUCGAGAUUUGGUGGACAGGAAGAAGGAUUCCCUUAAUUCUGCACUGGGUGUUCAAAACUACCAUCUGGAAUGUAAUGAAACGAAAACAUGGAUUCGUGAGAAGACCAAAGUUAUUGAGUCCACACAAGAACUGGGCAAUGACCUUGCUGGUGUCAUGGCACUGCAGAGGAAGUUGACAGGAAUGGAACGGGACCUUGCUGCCAUUGAAGACAAGCUUGGCGACCUUCAAAAAGAAGCAGAGAGGUUGGCUGCCGAACAUCCAGACCAGGCACAAGCUAUCAUGGGACGCUUAGCAGAAAUCACAGACGUUUGGGAGGAAAUGAAAACCACGCUGAAAAACCGUGAGGAGUCCCUUGGUGAGGCCAGCAAGCUACAACAGUUUCUUCGGGACUUGGAUGAUUUUCAGUCUUGGCUGUCAAGGACACAAACAGCUAUUGCUUCUGAGGACAUGCCUAAUACCUUGGCUGAAGCAGAGAAACUGCUCACACAGCAUGAAAACAUCAAGAAUGAAAUUAACAAUUAUGAAGAGGAUUAUCAGAAAAUGCGUGACAUGGGUGAGAUGGUCACCCAAGGACAAACGGAUGCCCAAUACAUGUUCUUACGCCAGCGCCUGCAGGCUUUGGAUACUGGGUGGAAUGAACUGCAUAAGAUGUGGGAGAACAGACAGAGCCUUUUGUCUCAGUCACAUGCCUACCAGCUGUUCCUCAGAGACACAAAGCAAGCUGAAGCAUUCCUCAAUAAUCAGGAGUAUGUAUUGGCACACACCGAGCUGCCCACCUCAUUGGAAGCUGCUGAGGCUGCCAUUAAGAAACAGGAAGACUUCAUGACCACUAUGGAUGCCAAUGAAGAAAAGAUUAAUGCAGUUGUUGAAACUGGGCGAAGACUGGUUAGUGAUGGAAACAUCAAUUCUGACAAAAUCCAGGAGAAAGUGGAUUCAAUUGAUGACAGGCACCGAAAGAACCGUGAAGCUGCAAGUGAGCUGCUUAUGAAACUCAAGGAUAAUAGAGACUUGCAAAAAUUUCUGCAAGACUGCCAAGAGCUUUCCCUUUGGAUCAACGAGAAAAUGCUUACAGCACAAGAUAUGUCAUACGAUGAAGCCAGAAACCUGCACAGCAAAUGGCUGAAACACCAAGCCUUCAUGGCCGAAUUGCAGUCUAACAAGGAAUGGUUAGAGAAAAUCGAGAAGGAUGGAAUGCAGCUUGUCUCAGAAAAGCCAGAGACUGAAGUUGUCGUAAAGGAAAAACUGUCAGCACUCCGAACAAUGUGGGAUGACUUGGAAUCAACCACUCAAACCAAGGCCCAAUGUCUCUUUGAUGCCAACAAAGCUGAGCUGUUCACUCAGAGCUGUGCAGACCUUGAUAAGUGGUUGGAAGGCUUAGAAGGACAGAUUCAGUCUGAUGAUUAUGGAAAGGACUUGACCAGUGUGAACAUCCUAUUGAAAAAACAGCAGAUGUUGGAGAAUCAAGUAGAGGUGCGUAAAAAGGAAGUAGAAGAGCUCCAAAGCCAAGCUCAAGCCCUUAGACAGGAGGGAAAAGGCACAGAUGAGGUGGACGGCAGAAGGCAAGUGGUCGAACAAAAGUUUGGCGAGAUGCUAGAACCUCUUCAGAAAAGAAAGCAUAACCUCAUGGCUUCCAGAGAGAUUCACCAGUUCAACAGGGAUGUGGAAGAUGAGAUUUUGUGGGUUGAAGAAAGAAUGGCAGUUGCAACAUCUACAGAUCAUGGUCACAACUUGCAAACUGUACAGCUACUAAUCAAGAAAAACCAGACCCUUCAGAAAGAAAUUCAAGGACAUCAGCCACGUAUCGAUGACAUCUUUGAGAGAAGCCAAAAUAUCUUAAAUGAUAACCCCAAUACUGAAGGUAUUCGACAAAGGCUAGCCGAUCUGCAACAGCUUUGGGACCUUAUGAUUGAAGAGACUGCAAAAAGACACAAUCGAUUGGAGGAGUCCCAUAAGGCUCAGCAAUACUACUUUGAUGCUGCAGAGGCUGAAGCAUGGAUGAGUGAGCAGGAGCUGUACAUGAUGUCAGAAGAGAAGGCCAAGGAUGAGCAGAGUGCUGUAGCCAUGCUCAAGAAACACCAAAUAUUAGAGCAAGCAGUGGAAGAUUAUGCAGAAACCGUACAUCAGCUUUCAAAAACGAGUCGGGCACUAGUGGCAGCUGGACAUCCCGAGAGUGAGCGCAUCAGUAUGAGGCAGUCUCAGGUUGACAAGCUGUAUGCUGGAUUGAAAGACUUGUCAGAAGAAAGAAGGGGGAAACUAGAUGAACGUUACCGCUUGUUCCAGUUGAACCGAGAAGUGGAUGACCUAGAGCAAUGGAUCGCAGAAAGGGAAGUAGUGGCAGGCUCUCAUGAGCUUGGUCAAGACUAUGAACAUGUUACGAUGCUGCAGGAGCGUUUUAGGGAGUUUGCUCGUGACACUGGCAACAUUGGACAAGAAAGAGUGGAUGCAGUCAAUCAUAUGGCUGAUGAGCUCAUCAACUCCGGACAUUCAGAUGCUGCUACUAUUGCGGAGUGGAAGGACGGUCUUAAUGAGGCAUGGGCGGACCUUCUAGAGCUCAUUGACACCAGGACUCAAAUCCUGGCAGCCUCCUAUGAACUGCACAAAUUCUAUCAUGAUGCAAAGGAGAUCCUUGGACGCAUACUGGAUAAACACAAGAAACUCCCAGAGGAACUAGGCAGGGACCAAAAUACAGUUGAAGCACUUCAGAGAAUGCAUACAGCCUUUGAGCAUGAUAUCCAAGCAUUAGGGACACAGGUGAGACAGUUGCAGGAGGAUGCCGCCCGUCUCCAGGCUGCUUAUGCUGGAGAUAAGGCGGAGGAUAUCCAAAAGAGAGAGAAUGAAGUGCUUGAAACAUGGAAAGCUCUGCUAGACUCUUGUGAAGCUCGUAGAGUACGUCUUCUGGACACAGGAGACAAGUUCCGCUUUUUCAGCAUGGUUCGUGAUUUAAUGCUUUGGAUGGAGGAUGUUAUUCGUCUGAUUGAGGCACAGGAAAAACCAAGAGAUGUUUCCUCUGUGGAGCUGCUGAUGAACAAUCACCAGGGUAUAAAAGCUGAAAUUGAUGCCCGAAAUGAUAGUUUUACUACUUGUAUUGAGCUUGGAAAGUCUCUCCUAGCGAGGAAGCACUACGCAUCGGAGGAGAUCAAAGAGAAGUUGUUACAGCUAACAGACAAGAGAAAAGAUAUGAUUGACAAGUGGGAGGACAGAUGGGAAUGGCUCAGACUGAUUUUGGAGGUACACCAGUUCUCUCGGGACGCUGGUGUUGCAGAGGCUUGGCUUUUGGGACAGGAACCUUACCUGUCCAGCAGAGAGAUGGGGCAAAGUGUGGAUGAAGUAGAGAAGCUGAUUAAAAGACAUGAGGCAUUUGAAAAGUCUGCAGCAACGUGGGAAGAAAGGUUCUCUGCUCUGGAGAGACUUACAACGCUAGAAUUAUUGGAGGUUCGAAGACAACAAGAAGAGGAAGAGAGGAGACGGCAACCACCAUCUCCAGAGCCCCUGCCACAGCCUGCAGAGGACUCUGAGUCUCCACAACAGUGGGAUGGAAAAGAAGGAGAACAGAUCUCUCAGAAUGGAUUGCCGUCAGACCAGGAAUCUCCACGGGGGAUAGAUACAGUUAAUGCCAGUGAAAAUGUGAAUGGAGUUGCUGAACAAAGAACAAGUUCUAAAGAGCCCAGUCCAAUCCCCUCCCCAACAUCGGACCGCAAAGUAAAACAAGCAGCCACUCUACCAGCUAAGUCCCAAGACUCCCCUUCAGCGCCGAUAGAAGGAUUCCUACAUCGCAAACAUGAGUUUGAGGGACACAAUAAAAAGGCAUCAAGCAGGUCCUGGCAUAAUGUGUACUGUGUGAUAAACAAUUCAGAAAUGGGCUUUUAUAAAGAUGCGAAAAAUGCCAGUCAAGGCAUUCCAUACCACGCAGAGAUUCCAGUAAGCCUGAAGGAGGCAGUGUGCGAGGUGGCAGUAGAUUACAAAAAGAAAAAACAUGUUUUUAAGUUAAGAAUGACAGACGGCAAUGAAUACCUCUUCCAAGCCAAAGAUGAUGAGGAAAUGAAUACCUGGAUCCAGGCCAUCUCAUUAGCAAUCACUGCUGACAAGUCCGAGGUUUCUCCCAGUAGCCAUAGUACUCCAGCCUCCAGUCGUGCCCAGACCUUGCCAGCCUCCAUUACCGUGACAAGUGAUUCAAGCCCGGGAAAGAGGGAAAAAGACAAGGAGAAAGAUAAGGAGAAGAGGUUCAGCCUAUUUGGGAAGAAGAAAUAACAUGCGUUCCUUAAUACUGCACUUAUUCUCUUCCAUUUCCAGUAAAAUUCCAGCAUGCAAGAUCAGAAUCAGUACAUCACACUUUGUGCCUAAUGUUCCUCAGUGUGGUUUUAGAUGUCAUUAAUAGAAAGAUCUUAUUAAAGAUGAAGCCGUGAGGUGCGUUGGGCAGCUUCCAUUUUAGAACAAAUGAAGGCAGGACCAGAUUUCUUAUGUUGGUUGUGUUUUUUUUUUUUUGUUUUUUUUUCCUCCUUAUUUUCUUUGUUCUUAAUUUUUGAAAAUUGUAUGUAGUUUUCAGGAUUUGAAUAUUUAAACAUUUCCUCAAUUUUGUGAGGCUGUCUUGGGAACAACCUACGUCAUUUUGCUGUUCAUAUGCAAGGCAGCGGUGCUUUUAGAUAAACUUUUUUGGUUCUGGUUAUAUAACGUGUACAAUUCCAAACACACUCAUGAUAUUCCAUUUACUAAGGCUGUCUUGACUAAUACAUGGUCCCAUCCUUUAUAGGCUUUAAAAAGAUGUAUCCAUUUUGCUAAUAUCUAUUAAAAAAAAUAAAUAAAUAAAAAUAAAUAAGUCAUUCAUUUGAAUACAAUACCAGUACAACCCAGCAUCAGCUAUUAACCCACCAUGCUGGGGCUUUUGUGCGUUAUGUUUGACAGUUACGACAGAUCAUUAUGUUUGAAAGGCUAGGAUACCAAUUUCUAAAAUUUUUUUUUUUUUAUUAUUUUGCUGUUGUUCCUGGGUUAUGUUAUAUUGUAUGUUUCAAAUAACUCUAGUAACAAGGUAUAAAAACUAGAUGUACAAUAAACACUUAAAAACAUUGAUGUUAAGUGGAAAAGUGGAAAAAGCAUUUACUGGAAAAAAGUAAUGUUAUUCAAACGGUUGCUUGCUUGUUGGCUUAUAGCACUGCGUGUUAUAAUUUUUGCUACAUUCUCUGCUAUUUGAUACAUAGUGUGCAUUUCUCUGUCACUGUAACUAUUGUAAUGAAGAUUUUCAUCUGAUUGCACAAUCAAAAUGACAUAAUAGGAAUGAUAUCCUCGCAAAGACUGGGCCAGUAUUCAUAUAGCACAAGGGCCUGGCUCCAGAUGUAUGAAACUGCACCUGUAGACUUCUACCCUCUCUGUUAAAUAUCUGCAAUGUCAUUAAAAUGCUUUUAAAAUGUAA